CCUCUCCCUGGGAUAGGAGAAGCUUCUUUCAUUCUAUUCUCGGUCUCUGCAGCUUGGGAAGGACUGAGGGGGUUGCAAAUCCCCAGCGAGUGAAAUGCAGAGGACUAGAAAGACAGCGGCAGAAGGCUCAAGACUCCCUCAAGUUGCUGAAAGGUUCAGAUGCUUUGCUGUGUCACUUGAAAAUAGUGUUGAUGGAUGAGUGUGUUCUGCUGAUAUCUCACAGUUGGAUUGGUCUCUUGAGCUGAUGGAUCUUCAAGGAUUUAGCAAGAGUGUUGAGGCUUCCCUCAAGGGUUGGUGCUGAAAGAGAGAGCAGCAAACAGCACAACAAGAACAGUCCCCCAGGGAGGAAACAUCUGUGACGCAAGAGACAGUGACUGGUGGAUCUCUGCUAAAGCAGGGCAUGGAACCUGAAAUCAAAAUGGAGCAGCAGAAUGUGGCAGGUCCUGACCCAGGGGAGGGAAGGGAAGGGGAGGCUCUUCCAAAAAUGAUCAAGGAAGCUCUCUCUGAGAAAACUGAGCAAAAUGUGAAACAGGAACCAGAUGAAGGGCCAUCAAGGAAUUGGGAUGCCCAGUUGCAGGAGUUCCUCAAUACACUACAGACCACGUAUUCAGAAGGGGGAAACCCACAAGUACCUGAGCUGAGGCAAUGGUGUGGUCCUAAAACAUCUCAAUUACUAUCCCAAAGAAAACUGGAUCCCCAAAAGUGGCCCAGAUCUUUGUGUGCUUCCCAAAUCCAGCCACAACUCAUUGGGGAAGCGCAGGAGGACCAUGAGACCAAUCUGAAUGCCACUCCCAGUGGGAAGGAGAAGGCAAGAACUCCGUCUGGGGAUGGUGCCGAGGUGGAGAGGCAGCGCCGGUGUUUUCGUGAGCUCUGCUAUCAAGAGGCUGAUGGGCCUCACAAGCUUUGCAGGCAGCUCCAGGCGCUUUGCCAUCAGUGGCUGAAGCCAGAGACACACACCAAGGAGCAGAUCCUGGAGCUGGUGACCCUGGAGCAGUUCCUGGCUGUCCUGCCACUGGAGAUGCAGAGCUGGGUGAGGGAACGUAACCCAGGGAGCUGUGCCCAAGCAGUGACAAUGGCGGAGGAAUUCCUUCUGAGGCAGAAAGAGGCCAACAGCUGGGGAACGCAGAUCACAGAAGAAGAGUUUGUCAAUCUCCCCAAGGCAAACCAGUCUCCCCAGAACACGACAAUGAUGCUGCUUUUCACACAGGCUGAACAGGAGGCUGAUGGGAGUGUGAAUAUAUUGAAAGGUGGUGGGUGGCUCAGGAAAAGCGAGGAUCAGAAUCCGUUGCUGGAGAGACCCGAGCAACUGGAGCGGCUGAAGACAUCGCUGAAAACAGCCAUAGAGAAGGAUUUCCUGCAUCAGCAUGAUGCUAAUGAGAACCAACAUGUAGCAGAAAGACAGAAUGGAAACCACAAAGAAAAUGGAAUGGAUCCAUUUGUUCUCCAACAAAGUGUUUGCAAAGAUGCCAAUGAACCCGUCAUCCAGCAGGAUAAGGAGGAGGCAAAAUAUGACAAAUUUGGGGAAAACUUUGUGGGAAGGUCACUCCUUACUAUGCAUGAGAGUGUUGAUGCAGAGGAGAAGCCCUACCAGUGUUGGCACUGUGGGAAAAGCUUUAGUAGCAGCUCGGAUCUUGUGACGCACGAGAGGACCCAUGUGGGUGAGAAACUGUACAAAUGUUCCCACUGCGGCGAAAGCGAGAGAACCCACACAGGACAGAAGCCACAUAAGUGCUCACACUGUGGAAAUACCUUUGGCUGGAACUCUCAAGAGGGGCUCCUUGCAGGAGAGAAGCCUUACACAUGUUCCGAGUGUGGGAAAAGCUGCAGUCAGAGAUCAGACCUCCUUAAACACCAGAGAACCCACACCGGUGAGAAACCUUACAAAUGCUCAGUGUGUGGGAAAAACUUUAGAAACAGCUCAGGCCUCAAAGUACACCAGAGAAUCCACACAGGUGAGAAGCCGUAUAAAUGUUCGCACUGUGGGAAGUGCUUCAGUUGGAGCUCACACUUCAUAUCUCAUGAGAGGAUCCACACAGGGGUGUGCUCCUACUGCGGGAAAAGCUUUGGCCAGAAAUCCGAACUCAUUGAACAUGAGAAGACCCACACAGCAGAUGAGUUGUUUGCGUGUUAUGCCUGUGGGAAAACUUUUGAAGUCAGUUUGGAACUGGUGGCACACGUACGAACCCACAAAGAGAAGCCGUUUGAGUGCUCGGUCUGUGGGAAAACCUUCAGAAACAGUUUGCAGCGCAUCGCUCAUCAAAAGGUCCACACAGGAGAGAAACAGCAUAAAUGUUCCCACUGUGGGAAAAGCUUUAGCCAGAGACAGAGCCUUAUUAUUCAUGAGAGAAUCCAUACAGGAGAGAAGCCACACAAGUGCUUAGUCUGUGGGAAAAAUUUCCGAAAUGUCCCGAAUCUUAAAUCGCAUGAGAGAACCCACACAGGAGAAAAACCAUACAAAUGCUCCCACUGCGACAAAUGCUUCCGGUGGAGUUCCCACCUUGUAUUGCAUGAGAGAAUUCACACGGGAGAGAAGCCCUACAGAUGCGCAGACUGCGGGAGAACCUUUGAUAGGAGGUCGAACCUUCUUGUCCAUGUGAGAAUCCACACAGGGCAGAGGCCAUACAUCUGUUCAGACUGUGGGAAAAGUUUCACCUCAAGCUCUGUUCUCCUUCGGCAUCAGAAAAUUCACCUGGGAGAGGAUGUUUGUAGGUGCUCUGAAUGUGGGAAAACAUUCAGGCAGCGGUCAGACCAGGCAGAGAAGGCGUCAAAAUGUUCGGAGUGCGUCAGAAGCAAUUACUUCAGCUCGGAUCUUGUCAAACGCACACGGACUUGUGUGGAUGAAAAGCCAUUCAAAUGUUUGGUCUGUGGAAAAACUUUUGGGAACAGUUCACACCUCCUUACUCAUCAGAGCGUCCACACAGGAGUUCAACCGUAUCAGUGUUCAGACUGUGGGCGAAACAUCGUCAGGCGUCCCAAUCUCUUAGCGCCCAUAAGUGACCAGGCAGGGCAGAAACCCUAUAAAUGUUCCAGCUGCAAGGAAAGUUUCAGCUAGAGAUCAGUUCUCACGAGAACUUGGAAAAAAAUUGAUAUUGAAUCUGCUUCUUUUCACAUCCCUUACCUUUUCCUUUUUUCCUGGACCUUUAAAAACGAAAUAUACCUUGUGUUUACCGUGCUCUUGUUGGGGGCCAUAGAAGCUGGUGGCUUUAAAUAAAUAAUACUCCAUUAGGAGAGAAACCAGGUUUGUGGAUAGCAUAUAUGCUCUGCAGACUAUGGAAACACUUUCCUCCAAGGGAUGACCUUAAAGAAUUAGUUUUGUUUUUAUUGGCAAUCACAAGGAUUCAAAUUGGUGGGAAACCUAUGGCCCUUUAAAUGUGAUUGGACUACAGUUCCCAUCAACCCCAGCCAGGAUGGCCACAGUGAGGCAGUUGUAGUCCAGCAAGUUCUGGAAAGGCACAGAUUCCCCGUCCGCACUAUUAACAAAGGCAAAGCCUCCCCACUUAAUCACAUGGGUUUUUCUAGAACUGGGAUGUUAUUGCUAUGGGGAAAAUAUUCCUUCAUAUCCCAGAUACAGCAACCAUGGCAGAUUCUAUUAAGAACUGGACUUUGCAAAUUCAUAUAUUCUAUUACAUUUUUAUAUAUUUUAGGAUCCAUUAGUGUACCAUUUCACUUAGAGGUUUCUGGAAGCCUUCUCCAGUACUCUUUCCUAAGGCCUAGGAACUUGCUCCUUGAAACAAGAAGACGAAAAAAAAGAGCAAAGCUGUGAUUGUCAGAAGAAUUUUUUAUUGAUAACCAUCAUCAUGUGAGUUGUCUGAACUUGUACAAAAUGGCAGUGUUCAGACACACCUGUUCUUCGAUCCUCUAUCUCUUUUUCAUCAGUUGCCAUAAGCAUUGUUGGGCUGAUUUUGCCAUCAAGCAUGGAUGUGAUUUACGCUAUAUCGUUACUAUGUGAAACAGAAUGAUUAAAAAGCAGACAUGUGGUUUAUGAGAUAUAAAAGGCUAGCUCCAGAAAAAGCUUUUGCUCUCACAAGGACAACUGUUAGGAUGGUAGAAGCCAAAGUUGCUUGUGGGGGUAAUUCUUUUAUGCAACUGUUUAUCAAUUCUCUUCCCCCCCCAUCCCUGGUAAAGAGGCUGGCACUCAAAGACCCUAGUGUUUGAAGUGCAUUGGGAUGCAUAUCCAGGCACCCAAAAUGUUGCCAUGGGGAGUGCGCCUGUCUGGUGUCCCAUCCAGCCACACCCCCUUUUCCAGGAUACUCUAUUACAUCUCUUCCCACUCCCAGUUUUCCAUUUUUCACCUGCAACGGAGUAUCUUGCAACCAGUGACCUUUCCGUGCUGCUUUUGGGGUUCCCCCACCCCAAUGUUUUUGCCUGCUUCCCCUGAACUUGCCAACAUGCCCCUCUUUUGCAAAGAUGGUAUUGUUUUGGCUACGUAAGGAUUUGCACUUGGAGAGUGAGCUCCCUAUUGGUGUAUAGAAUUUGAAUAAACUUGCCUUUUGCACCUGUUGCAUUUUGUCUCCCUUUUCCUACUUUUUGGUGCUGCACUUUGUGUUUUGUCCAGCAGAAGGCGGGAGGGUUCUCUUAAACCAGCACCUGCCUUGUCUUAACCACAGAAAGGAACAAGGCAGUUGAAGCAGCCACUGCAAUUUCCUUCCUUUAGGCUUGAUUACUUUCCUUUGAAACUGUUUCCCCUGCAAUCUUUCCUUGUUGUGAAUGGGAGGGUCCCUGCAGCUGUUUAGAGAAGGGCUAUAACUCAGUGGUAUUACAUCUGUUUUGCAUGUAGAAGGUCCCUGCUUCAA